AUGACCACUGACCUGAUGCUAUUUCCAACAUUUUGUGUUCUUAUUUUAGCUUCCUAUCAAGUGCAGCUUUCUAGUUUUGCAAUAACUAUUCCAACGGCAUCAAACAAAUGGAUUUAUCUCAGCGGGGAAGAGAAGACAGGCCAAAAACAUUGUGUUCAUAAACUUGCCCAGAAGGGGAUCAGGCUUCAGGAAACGCCAGGCCAAGCAUCACCCCCACUGAAUCCUGGGUUCUGUAGUCCCAAUCCCGAGUGUUCCCGCUUCCCGUGCUCAAACUCCCCAACCGCCCGCCUACAGCUCCCAGAAUCCACCGGUGCAACUGCGCAUCCUCAGAAGCCUCCCCGGCCUUGGGUUGACCUACAUCAGGCGAAGAAGAUGGCGGCGCCGGCCAGGUUGUGCCUGAAGGUCCGUUGCUUCAGCACCUCGGUGGUCAACCCAGUUAACAAACUGGUUAUGCCACCUAUUCAAGUCUAUGGGGUUGAAGGAAGAUAUGCUACAGCUUUAUACUCUGCUGCCAGCAAGCAGAAGAAACUGGACCAAGUGGAGCAGGAACUACAGAAGAUUAAUUCGCUAUUGAAAGAUCCCAAGUUCUCUGGACUGCUCGUCAAUCCCCACAUUAAACGCAGCAUCAAGCAAAAAGCUGUCAACGAUGUCUUGACAAAACAGAAAGUCUCGCCCAUAAUGAUCAACUUCAUGAAUGUAUUAGCUGAGAAUGGACGGUUGCGCAAAACCCCUGACGUUGUUGGGGCUUUCAGCAAGAUCAUGAGUGCUCAUCGUGGGGAAGUUCUCUGCUCAGUCACUACUGCUCAGCCUCUGGAUGAAGCAGGUCUUACAGAUCUAAAGGCUGCACUUAAUGGGUUCCUAAAGAAAAGUGAGACCCUGAAAUUGGAGACCAAGACCGACCCUUCAAUACUGGGUGGAAUGAUUGUCAGUAUUGGUGACAAAUACGCUGACAUGUCUACAAAAACUAAAAUCCAGAAACUCAGCAAACUAAUAAAUGAAGCUAUAUAGCAGUGCUCUGUGAUCUGGGUAACAACCUAUCAGAUGUUUAAUGUAAAUCUGUUUCACUGUAUUUGCAGUGAACAUCUUCCAAUGUUCAAAUGAAGUAAUAAAAAUCAUUCUCUGAAA